GUAAAGGACAGGUGGGUUCAGUGACGUCAUACCGGAAGUGGACGGUCACUGGCGGCUAGCGGGGUGGCUGCAAAAGUCAAGUUGGAAAAAAAUCUAUUUCUUUUAUUGUUCAUACGGAAACAUAUAGCCGAACAGCGAUGUGCACCUUUGAUAAGGACAAAGGGCCGAGGAGGCUGAUGAAGAAGGGCUUGGCUCUCAUCCUGGUGGGCCAUAUCAACUUCAUCCUUGGUGCUAUUGUCCACGGCAAUGUCCUGCGCCACAUUUCCAAACCCAGCCAACAAAUCACCACAGAAUACACAGCAGCUAACAUCAUUUCCGUCACUUCAGGUCUGCUGAGUAUUGCUACUGGGAUUAUCGCCAUUGUGGUGUCAAGGAACCUCCGCAUGGUUAAGAUGCAAGUAGGACUUCUGAUAGGCUCCUUCCUCAACGCCCUGCUCUCAGCAGCUUGCUGCGUGGGCCUGCUGGUGGCCAUCAGUGUGACGAUCGCUCACAACGGUCAGGGCCUGAUGCGAGGAUGUAACGACACUGAGGUGCCGGCUAACGCUCGCUCGCCUGUCAGCGCACGCUGCCCGUUUGACACCACACGCAUUUAUGACACCACCUUGGCCCUGUGGUUCCCCAGCGCUGUGAUGGCUGCAGCAGAGUGUGGCCUGUCUGUGUGGUGCUUCGUCUUAGGACUGACUCUCAGAGGCCUGCUGACCUGUGGAGGCAAUUACUUCAAAGAACAGAUGGAGGAAGAGGCUGGGUGCUCACCUCAGAACACACGCCUGAUUGGCCAAAAUGUGGUGAAUCCUGAUGCCUGACUGAACAAAGUGCUGGAAGUACACUCCAUACAUUGUGUUUUUUUAUGUAAUGUUUUUUUUUUAAUUGAGAUAAUAUCUCUGAUUGCUUAACCACUCAGUCAUGCAGUAAUUCAUCAUGUGUGUGCUCAAUGUGUUUAUAUUGUAUAGCCACAGUAGGCUUUCUUUUGAGUUUAAUCCUCACGUUUUGCAUGAUGAGCUUUUUAAAGAAGGCAUAUUUUUAUGUCAACUUGAAAUAUUUAAUUUUUCAACUCUCUUUUAGAAAAAAAUAUAUUUAUACUUAGCUCUUACUGUUUUUUUAAGUAUUUUUCACAUGUCAAUUUUUGACCACUCCUUUGCUUUUAGCGCUGCAGUCAAGAAACCUGAUAUCAUUAAGAUAUGUCAGGUCAUAUUUUGUAAUAUGGGCAGAUAUUGUUUUUACUUUAAAAUACAUUGGUAUAUUACAUUUGGACAUGGCCCCUUUAAGAGCUGUGUUAAACAGCUACUCAUGACAGAGUAAGUUUCAUUUUUAGAAAUGUGUUUUUUUUUAUGACAAUAAUUACAGUCAGCUGCACGGUGGGGGAGUGGUUUGCGUGCUGGCCUCACAGCUAGGAGACCCGCAUUCAAUUCCACCCUUGGGCAUCUCUGUGUGGAGUUUGCAUGUUCUCCCCGUGCAUUGUGGGUUUUCUCCGGGUACUCCAGUUUCCUCCCACAUUACAAAAACAUGCUAGGUUAAUUGGCGACUCGAAAUUGUCCAUAGGUAUGAAUGUGAGUGUGAAUGGUUGUUUGUCUAUAUGUGCCCUGUGAUUGGCUGGCGACCAGUCCAGGGUGUACCCCGCCUCUUGUCAGCUGUGAUAGGCCCCAGCACCCCUCACAACCCUCGUGAGGAUAAGUGGUAGAGAAUGAAUGAAUGAUUCCAUAGAACCUGAACUACUGAUGAACUACCUUGUUCGACAAACGUUGGAUCCCAAACUAGUUGCCUCCAUUGCUUCAAAUUCAAAUGAACCAACAAAGACAAAAAACGAGUUGAAUAUAAUCGGAUGGAGAUGACUCAAAUACAGUGUCAUGAUGUGCGUGCAUUAGUGUACUCGCUGAAUACUGCUCUCAUUAAGAGGUUCAACCAGUAUGUGGGCCAACAGCCUUAGCUUUCACAGACCCCCCGCUCUCUUUUUCGCUCUCUCACACACACAUACACAUACACAUACGUACACAGUGACAGAGAGGAUCACAUCAGAUCAGCCAUGAAACGGUUAAUCUAGCACUGUGCUCAAUGGUGCAGAAGGGAAUCAUAGCACGCAGCACUAAUCCUAACUGUGUGAGGCAUAAAUAUUGACAUUGUGCUGCCUGAUACAAUCACACCAUCACGCUCACUUUGACAUCCCGCUACUGGAACCACUACAUGAAAUUAGCUAUUUUUGUAGGUUUAAGAUCAUCAUCUGUUUUAUGGUAUAUUGUCUUAAAAUAAUGGUUAGAAAUGUACAUCCUUACCAUCAGUGUGAUACAUUUGGCUAAGAACUGCAUUUAUUUAGAAGUUUUGACUGAAGUUGUUGACAAGCUCAAAGGACAAAUCGAUGCUUUUUGAAUGAUUACUGCUGCUCAUUUUAAUAAAUGGUAUUUGCAGA